UCCUAGUAGAGGAAGGUAUAACUCUCAUCCAGUGGUAGGAUCACGCUCGUUGAGAGCGGACGUUCAGAACGUGUUCUCUCGGUAAGACACAGAAAGAGGUCCAGGAUGCAUGUUGGCAGGCUCCAUACCAUGCUGCUUUGCGCAGCACUGACAGGUGUGACACCCUACGAAGAAAAGGACAUGCGAUGCCGUGAAGACAAUACUCUGGUUCCAAGCUUCAAGGUCUGCGAUGGAACUUUCGAUUGUAAGCAGAGAUACAGAUAUUACGGAGAACCUGAUUCUGAAGACGAAGACGGACAGUUAUGUGCACCAGACUACAUGCUUAUACAUCCACCAGAGUUGAGCAGCCUCACUCACACGAACGGCUCCCUACUUCUUUCGUGGACGUGGAGCGUGCCACAGAGCUCUGACUUGGCGGGCUACUACUUACGUGGUGCCAGCUCGCACCACACUUUUCAGAGAACGCUGUCACCCUUGAUUAGUGAAUACUCGCCUGACUGCCUCAGGGGAUACACCCAGUACAAUAUUACGCUUCGGCCCUUCUACGGGCACUCUGACGACCAUCCAAAACUUGGGAAGGCGGUGCUGUUGACCGUGCGAACUCCAGCUACCGCUCCGGGAGCCCCGAAGAAUAUUAUCCUUUAUCCCCAGUCGGAAAUACAGAACGGAAGUGCGGAAGAGCUCACCGUAACAAUCCUCGAACCAGUGUCUUGGAACUCUAAUCCAGUGGGAUUUCGUCUACGAUGGGAACAAAAGGGGGAACUCAAUGAAACAGCGAGGGAUUUCAAUUUGCCUGUUGACAUGCCGGGAACCACUAAAGACCUCGAUGUCAAGCUGCCUCUAAAGCCCGGACGUGAAUACACACUGUUUUCCAGCGCACGGGGAGCUGGAGAAUUCGGAGAAGAUCUCGUCGGCCCCGAGACAUCUGUCACAUUGGAAACUACUCCUGUCGCUCCCGCUAACUUAUCAGCGGAGACCAUUGAUCCAACUAGCGUUAUCAUUUCUUGGGAGGCUGCUAGUCCUGUGCGAAAAUUUGCGAUUUUGCGGUCCACCUACGCACCAUGGGAACCGCCAAGCCAGUCUUCGCCCAACUAUGGCCAACAGUAUCUCCCAUCUCCCGUUUAUCCUUAUGGUCGGGUCAAUCACCAAGAUGCUGUUCACGACACCCGCCUCAUGUUUUCGAGCAUCGUGGUCGACGGAAGUUCGGAGGAAUCGUCAUCCUACAGGAUUCCUAUGUUCAAUCUCUCGCCCUCGGUCGAGUACGCAGUCGAAGUGAAGGCAUGUGGUACGAACGCAUGCAGCGGUGAGGCAACCCUGCUUUUCACAACACCUCCUUCAGCAAUUCCGACGCCUGUCAUCACAAAAAUUCUGUCGAAUGAUACGAGUUCUCUGUACUUGGAAUGGAACUUCACGCUCCCGCUGCAGACACCUGACUUGAGCCCGGAAAUUGAAGUGAAAGUGGAGAGAAAAGGCAUUAGCCGGCUUGUCCGAACGCUUGAGAAGGCGGUAACAAUCGGGAAUCUCAGCUCAGGCACCGAGUACGAAGUUGAGGUAGUGCUGUCGCUGGAGAGGAAGCCAGGGAAUCGUGAAUAUGGCAGCCCCGCCAGAGCCACCGUUACAACUUGGCCCCUUGUUCCUUUGGCCCCUACACUGUCCACGAAGGGAUUUCAAACUGCACCAGACGUAGCGGUAGUGUCAUGGGUGUUUCUGAACAGCACGGUUACUCAUGUCGAGGUCGCGACCAACUAUAACAGCUGGGUGAACUGUGACAACUCGACGGAGUGUGACGUGGUCGUCAUGCACGGCUGGAACUCCUCUUAUAAGGAAGGGUUUGUGAGAAUCCCAGAGCUCAAACCAUACACGACUUACUUCCUAUCUGCGAAAGGCUGCAAUAACCUAGGAUGUGGUGACAAUAGCACAGUGGUAAUCACCACUGACAUUUCAAAUCCGAGUGAGCCUACAAGCCUGAGACUGAACGUAACAGAAGAUGAUUCAGCUUAUGUCGAGUGGAAGGCGCCGAAUGAACCAAGAGGGCCGCUGACCGGCUACAUUGUUUCAUGGCAUUGUGAUCAGGGCCACCAGAUGGCUGCGACCACUGAUGACUCAUUUAUUUUCAUACCUGGUCUUCCUAGCGUGGCUCAGGAGUGUGUAAUCUCAGUGUCUGCUUUCAACACGGCGAAGGACGGGCGGCAGCUACGCGGAAUAUCAGCCAAAUUGAGGACACCUUGGCCACCUCAGAAGUCAUCUGUACAGCAAGACAACCAUGCUAUCUAAUAUGCCUUAAAACCCAUUCCAGCGUAUGCUUUUCUAUCAAAACUCUGAGCCACAAAUCGAAAAAAGAGUGCUCAUUCAUUUACGUCUACAUAUUUGUAUCGGUGCAAGUACAUUGAUCAGUGCUAGCCCAGUGUCUGGCGCUUUAUCUUUCUCUCCGCCAAAGCCUUGCAACAUUUUCUUUCAUUUUGUAACCUCCUAUAUAUACACAGUGAUUGCAAAAAAAUAAUACGUAAAACAGAUUGCUAACAAACUUGCCGAGGUAGUCCUUGCACAGUAACUUUUGUGUAGAAGAACUUGCUGGGAUCUCGAUAAAGCAAUGUCGAAAUGCCUCUAUACUGCGACCACACAGGCCUUCCAUUUGAAGUCGAUGCUUUUUUUACGCAUCGGCCCUUUAUCGUUGCAGAUUUGGAGACGCUCAAACUUGGGAGCGGGGUCAAUUACUGCUUAUGGGUAGGUGUUGAUGUCGUCUUGACUUACAGAAAAAUAGCAGAACAUUGAGUAAUGGUUGUGCCAACGUUAUACUUUUCAGAAUAAAAUUACUUUGGUCAGCUAAGCGUGAGCACAUUUGCCUAACUAAAGGCGUUUUUAAUGGGCAUGGUUGGUGUCUAACAACACAGUGUAAGCGAACACAAUUAAGUUGUAACCUUCAAAUGGAAUCAUUUGGCGGAAUAGUCAUUCUUGUAUAAAUGGCUGUUGAUUUCAUUUUUGGCACGUCUUUUAUUUGCUCGCACAGCAAUAUCCGGUUAUACUUGAGUACUUAUUGACCUGUCCCGCAUUAAUCUGACGGGUUUAUUGCCAAGCGUUUCCCAAUUGGAAUCUGACAAAGCACAAUACAGAGUCGUUUACAAAAUUUAGGUUGAGUGAACUUGUCGCUGAAUAGGUGUUUAAAUGCUGGUGCAGCAAAGCGAGUCUUUUAAAAGAAUAAAUUCACCGACUGAGAACUCUGUACAGUUCGUUAAUCAGGGACGCUGAAACGCAUGGCGACAGGCGGUUGCAGACGUCGCAGUCGAAACCAAAGUGAAGGCCUUGUAACUCCCGCCGAAAGCGGGCUUUGGCGCCGGCGAGCGCAUUCCCGUCAAUGACAUUUUGACGCUGUUCUACCCACAAUGCCAUUUUCGCGGCUUCUCCUUGUCGCUUGCGUUUGUUCUAUCGAGUUAUCUCGAUUUCGUGUGUAUAGGAGUAUCCAACCACUAUUCGCGCUUGCGUUCCGCUUCCUGAUGAAUCGCGCCUUGAAAAGCUGCCGCAUCUUCGGUAGGCAGAAACUGAUUGCACUUCGCCACCCGGGUCUUUACAUGCAUCCUGAAAGCAGCUUCAGCCUGGAGAACACGACUUCUGUCACGGUUAUACUGUGGGCAUUGUUUAGUAUGUUUUAAAAUUGUACGCGAUUAAGGAGUUUUCAUGAUCCGUGGUCUAGCAACGUAGAAGUUUUGAAUUGAAGCUCGAGCGUACGAGCUCAGCGGCAGGGCUGUGACAUGAUGAUCGAGGUCACUGCAGCGCAGCUAAUGCUGCGUGCACUUAGGACAAUGCUAAAACCAGUGUAACUGACGGCGCAGCUCAUGAAAAAGUUUCUAGCAGCACGAAGACCGACAGAUUUUUAAUUCUCUUAGCUAUAUGCAGCUUUACCAAUAAUGAUUAAUAAAAUUGAAAAACGAACGACCAUGCCAUUACCAGUCACCUUACUCACACUUACACACUUACUCGGCUAGUUUUCUUCAAAUAAACUGGUUUUGCACCUCUUUGCACAAACAGCAUCGUUCGCAUCACAGUCUUGAGCAGUUUGACCCAAGGUUUCUGAGGCUUGCCAAUUCCAUGAAUUUCUGGGUAAUUAGGUUUCUCAACUAUUAGCAUCAUUAAGAUUGAAGGAAAUGGAUAGGUUUUGCAUUCUCGCCCUAUGUUAUGAUUCAGACUUUAUCGUAUCACCAUUGCCUACUUUUCCACUUACCUUUUAUUAGUUAUCAGUUUCCUUUCUUGAUUUUUGUUAUGCCUCUUAUAUUUAUCCUACCAGUUGCUAUUUUGAAAAUGUUUUUAUGACUUGUUCUUUCAAUAAACGGUAUAUAACUACUAAA